AGAAGAGGAAAUGUGUUUUCUGACUAAGCAUCCCGUUCUUUGGAUAGCAUCCUUGACUUUUAUAUUUGGCCCAAACACUGCAGGAACACAACCUGAGGAAGAACAGAAGGAGAAAAACAAUGAUGCCUCCAGCCAAAGCUAUUUGGCAGAUGUUUUACGUAUCCUUUCAGCUGAUAACUUCACUGAGCAACACCAGAACCAAUCGAGAGAAAUUAUCAGGAUGCUGUUUGAAAGGACUAUGUGUCCACAAAGGGUUCAUGACUUGCAAGAAGACUGUAAUCUGUGCCUUGAAUCAGAUGAUUUCCUAUUAAUUGCUGGUGGAGGCUUAGAAUACCAUCUUAGCGAAGAAGUGUUCCAGAAAAUUUCCCUUAUUCUUCUGUAUUAUAUUACUCAUCACCAAGACACUUGCUCAUCAAAGCUCAGUCUGAGCAACUGGGAUUAUACAUUUUAUCUUAACAAUAUGCUCAGUUUCAGAAGCAAUGAGGACUCCUACUUUUUUUCAAGGAAUGAAACUGAAGAUGUGCUAGAGGCAAUAAGAAAACAUUUUAAAAUCGCUUCAAAUCAGUGUGUUCAGGUACAUGUUUUAGGGAAUGAAGCUGGUAUACUGACCAGCAAUGGAGCCGAUGCAAAUACACUUCCCCGUCUGGCUGCUGCCAUUCUUACAUCUGCUCUGCAAGGAGCCUGCUUGAGUGAAUCACGUUUACCCUCACCAGAAUUUUUCAUGAAAUAUAUUUUCAGUUCUCUAAACAGCUCUAGUGAACUCCACGUAACAGCAAUAGACCAGCUUCUGAGCAUGCUAAGGGCUGGAAAGAAUUGCAGCUCAAACGGACAAACAUACCCCGGAAGAACGAUAACAGAUGCUGAACAUCAAAAUAUUCCAGUUGCAACAAAGCCAGAAAAUGGGGAAAUAAUAACCAGUUAUCAAGAAGAGAAUGAAAACACUGUUAAAUGGGAGCAGGCUUGUUUCCCUGCAAAUGAGCUUGUGAAAAUAUUUUUCCAUGACAACCAUCAAACAGUUUCUAAGGAACAUUUCAAGCAAAUAAGCCCAGCAAUAAUUCAGCAGUUAUUAAGUUGUUCUUGCAAGGUUAUGGAGGCCAAACAAACAAGACCGCCACCAACACCUUUGGAAAAAUAUGGAUACAGCACUGCAGCUGUCCUACUCAUUACCGUUGGAUCAAUGUUUGGCACAACUCUCAUUCUAUUCAAUUCCUGUCAAGAAAGCUAUACUCUUGUUUUACAGCUUUUUGUGGGGUUAGCAGUAGGAACCCUCUCUGGAGAUGCUCUGCUGCAUCUUAUUCCACAGAUUCUUGGUUUACACACACAUGAAGCACGAGAGGCUGAGCAUUUCUAUGAAGGCAAAGAACAUGUCUGGAAGAUGCUGGCUUUGAUUGGAGGAAUUUAUGGAUUUUUUCUGAUUGAAAAGGGAUUUGUUCUUUUGGUGUCACCACAUGACCAUGGCCCUUCAUUAGAUAAUGGGCACUUGGGGCAUUCCCAUGACCUUCCAGUGAAAUGUGAAUCAAACAACCAUUCGAGCAGAGGCAAAUCUACUUCAACCAUACAGUUGCAAAAUCCUGGGGAUUUUGAGCCUACUGAGAUUUCACCAGACAAGAAUGCAAUUAUCAGAAAACGUAAAGGAAUUAGUUUGCUGGCCAUUAUGAUUCUGGUGGGUGACAGUCUACACAAUUUUGCUGAUGGCAUGGUAAUAGGUGCAGCAUUUUCCUCAGCAACAGAAACAGGCGUGACCACAACGCUUGCUAUUUUAUGCCACGAAAUUCCCCAUGAGAUGGGCGAUUUUGCGGUACUGUUAAGUACAGGGCUUUCAGCAAAAAUUGCCAUUUUAAUGAAUUUCAUAAGUGCCCUAGCUGCUUUCAUAGGACUUUACAUUGGCCUUUCAAUAUCAACAAACCCUUGGAUUCAAAACUGGAUAUUUACUGUCACUGCUGGGAUGUUUUUGUACUUGUCAUUGGCAGAAAUGCUUCCUGAAAUGACUCACGUUCAGUCACAGCGACCCUGGCUGAUGUUUCUGCUACAGAACCUCGGGUUACUAUUAGGUUGGCUGUGUCUCUUUCUUCUAGCUAUAUAUGAACAUAAGAUUAAAAUAUAAACCUUCUACAAGUAAUCUGUAAAGACCAGAUCAUUGGACAACUCCCAUUCAUGUCAAUGGGAUUCACAACUGAAGAACUGCAAUGUGAACCAUGAACUUAUUACAGAACUGCUGAUAUUUUUGAAUUGGAAGC